AAGUCAUUGACACCUUAUCUUCCCAUCCUCACCACAAGAAUCGCCUAUGUUUCACCGUUAGAAAAACCAACCUGAAGUUAACUCUUUUUGUUGCUUCUCAGUUCUUAGCUCAAUUAACAACAACUCUGUCUUUAAGGGUUGAUAAUAAAUAUGGUUACCUGUGGAGGCCUAAAACACUUUUUUGACAAACCAUUCCCAGAAAAUUCAACAAUUCUUGAUUCCACUUCUUCAUGGAAUCAGAUUAAAUCAACAAAACCAAAUAAAGAUUCAUCCUUUAUGGAGAUUUUUGAUGAAUUAAAUUCUGUUUCAUCGUUUUCUUCUAAUUAUCUCCCUCCAUUGUCUACUACCACCUCAUCGUCGUCGUCGUCAUCAUCAUCGACAUGUUCUUCUUAUAAUAAUUCGUCAUUAUCUUUCGAAGCAAUUCACCAAUCUGGUGUUGAAGGGAAAAACAGAGACCCCAUUUAUCCACCAAGCAGUCAGAAUAAACAUUACAAGCAUAGUGAUAGCUUUUCUUCAAGAAAUUCAGAUUGUCUUUCAAUAUGUACAGAAAGCCUUGGAUUUGAAAGCUGUGAUGAUGUUGAAGACAUUAUGAAUGCAUUGAGCAUUGGGAAUGAUCAAGAACACGAAGAAAUUAGAUCAAUAAACAUUCAUAAUCAGGGGAUUAUAAGUCAUGAAUAUACAAAAAUUAAAUCAAGAACAAAUAAAGGGGCAUUAUUGCCUCCUCCAAUUUCUUGCAUUGGUAGAAACGGAAAGCCCUGUGUUUGUUUUGAAUCUUUUAGAGAAAAUGGUAGGUUUAUUCUCAAGGAAGUUAAAAUUCCUGAAUGGGAAUUCUUGCAUGCAUGUAGAGAAGAUGGACGAUUGAAGCUACAUAUUGUUCAGUCAGAUGACGAAUUUUUCGAUGAAGAUGAAGAAUAUGAUGAUGAUUCAGAGGAUGUUGAAGAAGAUGAAUCAAGUCAAUACGUAACAAAUGAUGACGACGAUGAUGAUGAGAAAAGAGAAGUUGGAGAAUCUAAAACAAUUUAGGAAUUAAAAAAAAAAUAGAUAUCAUAAAAAGCAGAGGCGAAGCGAAGCCAAUAUUUAAAAACAUACGAGUUCACGUUUCUAGUCCUUUCUAAGUUACUUAGUUACAUAUUCAAGAUAAAUACAGUGUUCGGACCAAAGCAUUUGGACGAACCUGAAACAGAAGCUCUAGCUCCGCUCCUGCACAAAGACAAAGGGGUGUUUAAUUUUUUUUUUAUUUUUUUUGGUUUACUUGUAAAAAAAAAAAAGGUUUAAAACUACUCUUUUUCUCUCUCUGUUUCAAUUAUGAAAAUAAAGAGGAAUCGGAAAUGUAAUUCUGAGUUCCAGAUUUAGAUGAUGAUGUAAAGGUAGUAGCAAGAGAGUAGUAAUGUUCAUGGGGUAAAUUAAUGUAUUCCCAGCAAUAACAUGAAACGAGGAAUACUCGAUUUCAUCCUCAAAUAAAAUUUGAACUUGUAUUUAUCUGUA